UCGGGAGAAGGGGGAAAGAAGCCCUCGAGUGUCUCCCCGGUUUUGGAUCCAUCCGUGCGAGGGGGAGAAAAAAAAAAUCUCAGCUCCAGCCCAACAAGUGGAUUUUAUUCUUUUUUUCUUUUUUUUUCUCUCUUUUUUUUUAAAUUUUUUCUCCCCCUUUUCCACCCCGCCACCCACCGGCAAAGUGGGGUGGGCGUAAAGCGGGUGGGUGGGGGGGAAAAGAGGCAGCGAUCUCCGUGGCGGGGGCUGAGCAUGGAAGAGCCGCCGGAGGGGCACGGCCACCGAGACGCGGCGCCCGGCCCGGCGAGCAGCGGCAGCGAUGGCGAGAGCGUACCCGUGUCCCCCAGCCCCGCGCCCGCCUCCCCCGCCGCGCCCUGCCCCCUGCCCCUGCCCCGCCGCCGCCACCCGCCGCCCCCGCCGCCGCCCCCGCCGCCGCCGCCGCCCCACCGCACCACCAACUUUUUCAUCGACAACAUCCUGAGGCCGGACUUCGGCUGCAAGAAGGAGCCGCCCGCACCGGCCGGCGGCGGAGGAGGAGGCAGCCGGGAGCGGGACGGAGACCGGGGGCAGAGCUCAGGUAGAGAAAACGUCAACCCGCUGCUGGCCCGGCCGCCCAACCCGCCCUCCCUCCUCUGCCCGGACUCGAACUGCCGUCCCGACGGCUCCGCGCCGCCGCCGCCGCCCGCAGCCGCCGCCGCCGCCGCCAAAGCCAGCCCCGCCGCGGCGGCAGCGGCGGCGUCGGGGGCGGCCAAGCCCCCCGCCGACGGGGGCGAGACUCACCCGGCGAAGUACGGGGAGCACGGCAGCCCCGCCAUCCUCCUCAUGGGCUCUAAUAAUGGAGGACCUGUUAUAAAGCCCGACUCGCAACAGCCGCUGGUGUGGCCUGCCUGGGUCUACUGCACUAGGUAUUCAGACAGACCGUCCUCGGGCCCCCGCACCAGGAAGCUGAAGAAGAAGAAGACGGAGAAGGAGGACAAGCGGCCGCGGACGGCGUUCACGGCCGAGCAGCUGCAGCGGCUGAAGGCGGAGUUCCAGGCGAACCGGUACAUCACGGAGCAGCGGCGGCAGAGCCUGGCCCAGGAGCUCAGCCUCAACGAGUCCCAGAUCAAGAUCUGGUUCCAGAACAAACGAGCCAAGAUCAAGAAGGCGACGGGCAUCAAGAACGGGCUGGCGCUGCACCUCAUGGCCCAGGGACUCUACAACCACUCCACCACCACCGUGCAGGACAAAGAGGAGAGCGAGUGAGGCGGCGCGGCCCCCCCAGCCCUGCGCCGCGGCGCCGGCCCGCCGGCCGGGAGGCGGACAGGUGCUAUUUAAAAGCAGAUCUAUUGUCUAUCCAUAGUAUAAGGACUCCGAUUAAGAAAAAAAAAUAUGAACACUUACAAAAAAAAAUAUCUCUAUAUAGCCAAACAGCAUAUGACCUUGUAUAUAUUUAAUUUCAGGUAAGAAAUAUGUGUAGCGAUCUCUAUUUGCUGGACAGUUUCUGUCUCCUCUUUCUCUCUUUCCCUCUCUUUUGUUCGUUUGUUCGUUUUGUUUGCUUUCCUUUUUUUCCCCCCUCGAUGUCCGUUGCUCUUAUUUUACAGUAAAUGUCCGACUUUCCUGAUCUUUCGUUUGAUCUUUU